AUGUCAGCUGUGUAUAUUUUAUAUGGAUUGGUAAUCGCUUUUCUUUUCUAUGUGAGCUACGAUGUAUUUGUUGAAGAAAUGAUGAGGAAAGCGGAGGAUCAGAGUUAUUCACAAAGAGGCACAUCUAAUGCGAAUAAGGCCACUGUGCUGUCGAUCUUCAGCACAGGGUUUCGUGAGUCAACGGUGGAGUCAUGUAAGGAUAUUAAGAUUUCCCUUUAUUGA